AUGGAAGUAGGGAAUGAGAAGCAUACUUCAUUCUGGUAUGAUGUCUGGUCCAAGCAUGGUUACCUCAAAGUUGCUCUGGGUGAAUGUGGUCUGAUUGAUUUAGGCAUUGCUGAUAAUGCCUUGGUGUCAGAUGUUCUUGGGAGGCAGCAAAGAAGUAGAAGACACAGAGUUAGUAUCUUAAAUGAGGUGGAGAAUGAGAUAGAGUUUCUUCGCUUGGCUGACCAUCAGGGUAAUGAUACUGCUCUAUGGAAGCAAGAGGAAGGUAGAUUUGUAAAUAGAUUUUCAGCUAAAAGAACUUGGGAACAGAUUCGCAAUAGCCAUCAAGCUUGCAACUGGAGCAAAGGCAUCUGGUUUGCCCACUCGACUCCAAAGUACUCCUUCUUUGUGUGGAUUGUUAUGCGUAACAGACUGCAAACGGGAGACAAAAUGCGUUUAUGGAAUGUUGGGAUUGAUGCGACCUGCAUUCUAUGUAAUGAAGAUGAAGAAACAUGUGAUCAUCUCUUCUUCGGCUGCAGGUACACUAAGCAGAUUUGGAAGGCGCUUGCAGAGGGUUUGCUGCAAGAUCGUUUCACCAUAGACUGGAGUCAGAUCAUUGCGACCAUCACCAACCCUGGUCUUACCCCCAUAAAUAACUUCCUAGUCCGGUAUGUGUUCCAAGCAGUUGUACACUCAAUAUGGAGAGAGCGCAAUGCUCGACGCCAUGGUGAACAAGAAAGAGAAACUCAGUAUCUAACAAAGUUUGUGGACAAAACUGUUAGACUUUGGUUACUUUCACUCCAAGGUAGAGGAAAAAUGGAGGGAGAGUUUGCUACAUGGUUUGGAUCUAGAGUGGAUCCUUAA